AUGCUCACCAUUAUUAUUUCCCGUUGGUCGACUAUAUGGUCAUUUGCCUGUGCGACUGUUACUCGCGCUUGGACCGUUCUUUGUCGAUACUUUACCCAAACUCCAAACUACGCAGAUUCCCAAUUAACAAUCCAAUAUCAGAUAGGGCUCGAGAUUCUAGGCGUUGGGGCAGCAGGCCAAAUCUACAACGUCGAUGAUGGUCUUGUUUUGAAGGCUUGCAGAGUAUACCAACCUCCUUCGAGCAACGGUGAGAAAACAGUUUUUCGCUUACUGAUAGAGCAUCCUCAUCCGAAUAUCAUCGAAGCCAUUGACAUUGGUCACCCGGAAGGUAUCUACCUACGCAAGUACCAGCCACUUUCCGGCGUUUUACCAAGCACUCAGCCCGAUCGUAUUGCUUGGUAUCAAGACAUUAUGCGCGCCCUCGUUCAUCUCCAUCGUUUUGGCAUCGCUCAUUCCGAUUUACGUAAGGAUAAUAUACUGUCUGAUCAAAAGGACCACGCCUUACUGGGUGAUUUUAGUGCAAGUUGUCCGUUUGGACAUCCCAAUCCAUCACGUCCAGUCCUUCUGAAUGGUCCUUCAGAAACUAUUUCUGAUGCAACAGAUCGAUUUGCCAUGGGCUCGCUGAUCUACGAAUUGGAGACUGGGGUCCGUCCCGAGAUAUCUGUUGACAAUCCCUGCUCUCUAUCUCUACCCCUCGUUCAUACAGGUUGUGAUGAAUUAGACUCUAUAAUCGACAAUGCUUGGCGUGGACAAUAUCAGUCUACCGCCGAUAUGUUGAAGCAUAUUGAGCUUCUGAAUGCUGGCCAAGAUAGCCGCGGCCCAGUUGAAUAUACUGUCUCGAAAGAAGAGUUAAUCGGGCGUAUUAACCAAUGGAGGAGGCGCCGAGUAGAGAAACAUGGCUGCAUCCUCUAUUCGUUACCAAACGAGACUCAAGUGAAGGAUCUCGCAGAGCGGUAUGGCUGGGAUAUAAACGAGGAGCUCCGUUUACAUGAUUUCCAUGUUGUCGGAUCUUCCGAUUGA